GAGCGGGGGGGGCGCUGCGGGCUCCCGACAACACGGGGGGGGCCGCGGGAGCGCGCAUGGCCGCGGCGCGGGGCUGCGCGGCGGCGGGCACGAGCGCGAGCCCCGGUGCGGCGGCCGCGGGGUGCUCGGAGCUCGGAGCGCGCCCGGCCCCCGGCGCUGAGGGUCCCCCGUCCUCCCUCCCUCCCUCCCUCCUUCCCUCUCUCCCUUCCCCCCCUUUCCUUUUAUUUUCCCAAACUGUGCCCGAAACACAACAAAGCCCCGGGGCCGCCGGCUCCACCGUCGGCCGCUUUUCCUCUUUUAUUUUUUAAUUUUUUAUUUUUUUUUUAAUUUUUUAUUUUUUUUAUGCUCGCAAGCGGCCCCAGCAGAGCACACAAACACACGCACAGGCGGGCGGAGAGCGGGGGCCGUGCUCGGCGGCGGCAGCAUGGAUGUCCUGGCGAGUUACAGCAUCUUCCAGGAGCUGCAGCUCGUCCACGACACCGGCUACUUCUCCGCGUUGCCGUCCCUGGAGGAGAACUGGCAGCAGACAUGCCUCGAGUUGGAGCGAUACCUUCAGACAGAACCACGGAAGAUCUCCGAGAGCUUUGGUGAGGACUUAGACUGCUUCCUUCACGCCUCCUCAGCUCCAGAUGCGGAGGACACCAUCCGGCGGCUGGACCCCAUCCUUUUACCGGUGGAGACGAGUACGUGUGACAAAAGCGCCAACAUGGACAUUAUCCUUUCACGGGACAAGCUGCUGUCUGAGACGUGCCUCAGCUUGCAGUCCACCAGCUCUUCCACAGAAGGCUACACAGCCGUCAACCAGGCCCAACUCAAUGCAGUAACCUCGUUAACACCCCCUUCCUCUCCGGAGCUCAGCCGCCACCUUGUAAAAACCUCACAAACUCUCUCGGCAGUGGACGGCACGGUGACAUUGAAACUGGUGGCCAAGAAAGCUUCGCUCAGCUCCAUGAAAGUGGGUGUAGCGGCAGCAACCGCGGGGACAAUAAAAAGUGGGCAAAGUGACAGUGAACAAGGAGGGCCAGGGGCGGAAGCGUCCCCAGAAAACAAGAAGAGGGUUCACCGCUGUCAAUUUAAUGGGUGCCGGAAGGUUUACACAAAGAGCUCCCACUUAAAGGCUCACCAGAGGACUCAUACAGGUGAGAAGCCUUACAAGUGCUCGUGGGAAGGGUGCGAGUGGCGUUUUGCACGGAGCGACGAGCUCACGAGGCAUUACAGAAAGCACACGGGUGCAAAGCCCUUUAAAUGCAACCAUUGUGACAGGUGUUUUUCCAGGUCUGAUCACCUUGCCCUCCACAUGAAGAGACACAUCUAAAUAUCAGUCAGCUUGGCAUGGAAGUCAUCUGAGCUAAGUGUUGUGAGAUGAAAGUGGAACUCGAGUAAUAACAUGCUGCCUUGCAGGAGAAGAGAACUUGAUCACGUGUAAUCCUCUGUACAGAGACCACACGCUCGCACUGUCAUGCACCCAGUUAUACUUCAAUACAUACAUCGGUUCUUUAUGCCUUGCCCCAGCUGGAUGGGAGAAGAUGCAGGCGAGGAAAUGGUAUAGAGGUGAAGUCAAUGAGAAGAACAAUUGCGUACAGUACUUUGUCUCUCUUGGAUUUAUUUCCUGGUUUUGCCAAUGGAAGUCAAAGAAAAUGGAGGAGGCUUCUCUGCAGGUGGACGGCAACAGGAGGGGCUUAUUUAACUUGCUUCUCAAUGCAACUCAAUAGGAGAAUAAGUCGUCUUGAAGUUGCAUAUUUGUAGCACUAACUUUCUUUUUAAAUAGAUGGGGGGAAAACAAUGACCUAGAAAACCAAAUCCCAGUUUGGUAGCCAAAAUUAACCUCUUGGUUCGUUUGUUCUUUGUCUGAGGAUUCCUAAUGUUCAGUGCGUCAGACUUCUCACAGACACUUUGACCUGUCUUGGUUUUGGUUCUUCUUCCUAGAACUGAGCUAUUGAGAUCCUUUUAAGUCAAUACCAGUGGCCUUAAUGGCAGUAGACUGUGGAGUGACACUUGUGACACAAAUAUCCUCUCUUUGGCCUGAGUUUAUGUAGACUUCACGGAGGACUAUAUUUUUGUUGGUUGUUUUUAUUUUAAUUUUUGUUUUGGCUAUUGCACAACAUAUGCACUAGGGACUCUGGAAGCUGCUGCCAUGAUGGCUAAGUGGCCAAGGGAUAAACCCUGAGAAACAGCACCUAAUAUCUCUGUAGGCCUCACCUUAUUGCCAUAGCUAGGACUUCUUGUUUAUUUGUUGAAUGAAAACUUUAAAAGCUUAUUUGGAAGCUUAAACCUUCUUUUCUCUUUUCUCCACGAACAAGUGAUCUUCAGAACUCCUUGUCUUCACCUGGAUAUCGGUCUGGGACUGGCCACACCACACAGGCAUGACUACAGGAUUCCUUCCACAUCAUGUGAGCACGUUAGCCACAACUCACAGUGACUUAGAGAUGAAUUAUGUUGCUUUUUCUUGCUGUUCUUCUAAUAACCAAUUUAAAACAUUAGACUUUUGUUUGUGUAAAGAGCACCUGCAGACAUUUUUAUUUAAACCUGAUGUUUUUUGAACAUCUUACACUCAAAAAAAAACACAAGCCAAAAAUCCUGCUCUAGUCUCUGAGUGGGAAAUAGAGAACCUCUUCCAAGUACAAAGGCUUCAUUCAGCAUUAGCCUUUUAAAGAAAUUAUCAAAGUCCUCCUUUUCCACUCAUCAAGUUGAUACUGUAGCCCACUCCAAUAUGAAAAAACAUAAUGGUGUGAAUGGUGAAGGAAGGGUUGGAUUUCACAUACAACAAUGAGGCUUUUCCAAAUGAUUGCUCUAAAGUAUUACUAACCUAGAGGUCCAUUUUGACCUGCUAUGUGAACCACCAAGGAGAAGUGGAGGUCUCAUGCUCACCCUUCAGUCCUAUUAAUAAUUUGAUUUCGUUGGGCUUAAAGUGGAUUAAAGUCUACAAUACAAAAGAAAAACAAACAAAGAAAAAUGUAUCCUACUAUAACUUGCAUUUGAAACUAUUUGGCACUGGCCCUGACUCCAAAGACUGCAUUUAGGACCAUAAAAAUGGCCUAUGCAAGCAGGCAGGUGGUCAUUAGGUUGUAUAUUUUGUAUAUUCUGGGACCAUCCCUACAAGAUGUGUCUAGAAAUGAAACAAAAUGGCGCAUGGUCCACAAAUGGUUGCUGCUCUUUUAUACUGUAUUAGCCAACUGCCCUUCUUUGACUGUUUUGACUCAUUGACUGUUAAAUAUUUCCCUUAAUUUAUGUUUUGGGAGGUAAAACUGAACUCUUGGGGAAAAAAGAACAAACAAGAAACUCAAUAGAUGUUUAAGAGCUGUCACCAGGAUCCUUGGCACUUGAAUUCUCAGCAUUUUGCAACCUUUGGUUCCAGUGAGAGAUUGAAUUUACUCAAAAGAUGCUGUUUUUCCUCACAGUUUUCACAAAACACUGUGACUGUCAACUGAACACUUUGGGGACAGGGGGGAAAUACGAUGUCUGGCCCAUAUGGCAUGAAAUAUGGACCAAAAUCUAACCAUCUUUUAGGGGCAAUGAUGUAACAUUCAUGAUAAGAAAGAGAGAGAGAGAGAGCAAGAGAGAGAGUGAAGAAAGAAAAGAAAAGAAAGAUAGAGAGAAAGAAAGAAAAUUGAGUUUAUUCCAAAGAUUUAAAACUAACCAUACUAUAUAUACAUAUAUAUAUAUAUAUUUUAUAUAUAUAUAUAUAUACAAAAAUUGCGGAGCACUGCUUGCUGACAAUCUCGUAUUUCUCUACUUCUGUGUUUGCAUACUUCUAUGGCCAUUCCAUCCAGCUGUUCCACUGGGACUGAGGGCCCUAGAAUCCAAUUUGUGUUGGAAUAUAUAGAGCAUCCUGCCAGAUGUCUAAUGGGAACUGAAACCUCAGCUGUGUGAAACUGUAGAGCAUCCAGUCAGUGCAUUAGAUCAAAAAAAAAAAAAAAAAGAUAAGAAAAUCCUAGAAUUUCAUUAGUGUAGCAUCCUAAUGUAUGUGCUCUCAAACUCACUGCUACAAUACUCAUUGGCUGUGAACCUGCAUAAAUAUCCUCCUUUGACCUCUGGACACACCUGCCUUUAGAUAUGCUAACAGUAGUCUACAAAGAAUAAUUAUUAAAUGACAGUGUAUGUACCAGUCUCUAUUUAAAAGGGAAAAAAAUUAAGCAAGACUGCUUCUUUUAUUCCAGUUUUCAUUUGUGGUCUUGUUGACGUCUUAUUUAAAUAUGGCAGAACAAGGGCCCCACAGAAAGAAACAUACUGAAAUGUGUGAUUAUUUUGUUCUAGAGACAGGCCUACAGUUAAAUCCUGGAUUCGUAUAGCCAAACAUAGAGGAAAAGGGGAUAAGAGCCUUAACCAGAUUUCAGAUUUCUCAGGCUCUUUUUGUUGCAGGUCUUGAACUCUGAAGCCAAAUUCUGGGCUUUGGGACCAUCGCUUCUGCUUGUAACAGGAGGUAUUUUUCACCUGUAUAUGUUGUAUACUCUGUCAAUCUCUGCACUUCGGUUUCUGGGUGCUCAUAUACAAGUGUCUUAGUCAUUACUAAAAUUUUGAACCAUAGCUUGUAUUUUGUAAAUGGAGUCUCCAUUUUGGAAAGGCCUAAUUAGUGACACGUUCCAGGAGUCAUUUUUUACAAUUAAAAGUUUUGUUUCUUUGCAGAUAUUUCAAGCUGUGCACUUCAAACCUGAGCAAUCCAGUAUAGCUAGAUCAUUUUUGGGCCUGUGUCUCCUUGCUAAAGUUGUACAGACAUCUUCUAUUUAUAAAUUAUGAAUAGAAACAGGCUAAUAAGGAAAGGCUAAUCCUUUCUGUAAGGCGUCUUUGGAAGCAAAACCCUAAAUGGAUGAUUUGGUAACAGUUGAGGACAAAAUUAUUGAGCUUUAGAAAGGAGAAGCUUAACAUUGUUUCCUUCAUGCUAGAUUUAUGUCUGUUUGCAAAACAGAAGCCACAUUUUUCUGGCUUUUCAGAAGAAAGUAAGAUGUGGUUUCCAAGGCCAUGGAACUGUAGGAUGAGAACAAACUGAGACAAAUGUCCCACAAAAUAGUAUACGUAAAGGAAACAAUUAAAUCAAAUAUCAUUUUUUUUUUUUUGUGAGUAGCUAAAUAAUGUUUUGGAGCAGCGUAGUCAAUCAUAGAAUAAUGCAGGUAGAAAGGGACUGUCCAGAGGCUGUCUCAGCCAACCAUCAACUAGAGCCGGUUGCUCAGGGCCAUGUCCAGUUGAUUUUUGAAUACUGCCAAGGAUGGAAAUUCCACAGCCAUUCUGUGCAAGCUGGUCCAAUAUUUGACUAAAUUUGUGGUAAAAAAAAGAAAAAAAAAAAAGAAAAAAAAAGACAAAUCUGUGUGUCAAGUAGGAAUUUCCUAUGUUCCAACUUGUGUUUGUUGGCUAUUCCACUGUGCACCACUGCAAAGAGUCUUCAUCUUCUCCACACCUUCUCUUAGGUAUUUGUAGGCAGCAAUAAGAUCUACCCUUACCUUUCUCUUCCUAAGGAUUAACUGUGUCUCUUAGCCUCUCUUCGUCCAUCAUGUGCUCCAGCCAUCUGAUCUCCUUGGUGGCUCUCUUCUAGACUUGCUCCAGUAUGUCAGUAAUUUUCUUGUAUGGGGAAGACCAAAACUGAACAGAAUAUCCCAGAUCAAGAUGUACUUUAUAUGUUACAGUGUUGAAAAAUCAUUUAGAAAGUACCAGUAUCAAGAUUUUUCUAGUAAGAUUUUCUGAAUGUAUAAAAUUAUGCUUAUGGAAAUAUGCUUUUUAUACUGCCAGCUUGAGGCUUGGCAAGCAAAAUUCUGCUUUUCUAACAUAAUCAUCACUUUUUUACCUUAAACUAAAAUAACGUAUCACUCAUACUACAUCAAACGUGGAGACACAUGAUAUUGCAUUUUAGUCACUUUUUAGAACAAAGCAACACUUCAGCGCAUCUUUGUUCUGCAAUUUUUUCCCCCUUAGGAGAAGAGCAACGUAAACCAUCAUGUAUAUUUUACAAAGAAUAGUCUUAACAGGAAAGGAGAUUCCAGAGUAGAGUGUUUUUCAUUAUCUCAAAGUUGCUCUCUUUCAAUAGCCAGUUCUCAGUCUAGAAAAUGAUUUCACCUGGAUAGUCUAGGCAAAUGAACAAAAGAAAGCUUAUUUCCAGGACUGAAAUCCAGGAUUUAUUCAGUGGGUUGGACAAGGCCCUGAGCAGAGUGAUCUAACUGAACUGUUUUUUAAGCUGAGGCUUGCAUUAGGUGACCUCCACAGGUACCUUCCAACAUUAUUUUUUCCUGUUUCUGUGAUUCAUAUCAGAGCUCUGUCUGGUUAACUAUGUGUACUGGUUCUAGUUCUUCCCAGAGUGUAUAAUGGGUCCAUAGGGUUACUCUCAAACUCUGAUUCAUCCAUAUCAAACGUUAUAAGGUUUAUUCAUGAGCGAGAUGUAGAGAGGAAAAAAAUCUUGAAGAAGAAAAAAAAGCUUAGCAAAGCAGUUUGAAGGAAUAUCAUACCAUGAGAUGUGUCGCAGUCGCAGGAACCAAACAAAUAUUACAGAAACAAGUUUGCUAGCCUGGAAGACCCAUGCAGUGUCUCAAAAAUGGUUCCCGGUACCUGAAAUCUUAGCCAACCUACAUUUCUACAGAGGUGUUUUUUUGUUUGUUUUUUUUUUGUUUUGUUUUUCAUUUGAUUCAGAUUUUUUGGAAUUGGGCUUACUGCUUUUUUAAAAUAGCACAUUUUCACUUAAUACCUGGAAAACACUGACUAAACACAGGUGGGGAAGAAGAACCUGAAUGCAAGAAGAUCCUCCAGUCCUUUGCUUUUGGAACUAUUUUACCUUCAGGAGUAAAAAGGAUAAUCACUAAGAUGUAUGGCUAAAAUGGAAUUGAACAAUAUGACGGUUGCAGUGAUUGAAUGUGUCUUAUCCGUGAUCUUUCAGUAUUUAUAGAAUCAGGUUUUCUCCUUCAUUUUUACCUGGCUGUAGACAAUUUGGGCUUUUUAGCUGCCCCUAACACAAAGGUUGCUCUUCUUAUUUAACAUGCUUUGUUUAUUUGUGUAUAGAACAAGUCAUAUUUGGUGCUUUUGAUAGAACUGAUCAAAAUCCAACAUGCUUAAGGGUUUCCUUUUCUCUCACCUUCCUGGAAUGUAUGUCAAAAUCUUUACAUUUAAAAAACAAAAACAGAGGAAAACUUUGGACGUUAUUUAAUGUUACCAGGCCAGCACCCAGUGGAUCAAGGGCUUUUAUUCUUGAUUUUAAUUGGGACUUAGCAAAUCCUUUCAUUCCAUCCAGGCUGUUUUUAAGCUUUCAUAUUUCUGGGUUAUGAUUUCAACCCAACACUCUUUUGAAGUACUUUUUGCUGAUUUCAGAUAGAAUUGCACUUGCAAAGCUCCUCACAUAUCAAGAACAAUGACCAUGCUAGACUAACUCUAUGGCUUUGACUUGAAAAAAUGAAAAUAAUUUCUUCCCAAGAUUCUACAACUACUCAUUGAUAAGUCUUGCCUGUCACUCAUUAGCAUUAAACCUACACCUUCUUGAAUGAUCAUUUCCAGAUCAAGCUUGGAUAUUCUUCUUCCUUGUGUCACACUUGUGUCUUUUUUUAUUAAUAGUUUAGGGAUGAUUACUGCAGUCUUUCUCCUCACAGCUCUACAUUGGCUUCAGUGGCAAGAUUUAGCAUAGCAAGAACUGGAGGGUCUGGCCCACCAGGUACUAAGGUCUCUCUCAUAAAAGCUGAGACUUUCCUCCUCCCUUAGAGGAAUAAGUCCAAGACAUACUUGUACUAUAUAAGUUAUAUAUAUAAUGAUGUAGUUGUAUAUAUAAAUUAUAUACAUAAAAAUGUGGAGAUAGGGGGGUAGGCUGCCUUUAUCACCUCAAAAAUAGGUUUCCCUACCUGAAAACUUUCAAAUGCAGGUGUCAUUUUCAAACAGGGUUUUAUAGUUUUCCUUAAUGCUUGUUAAUGGCAUUUUUGGUGUGAUAAUUCAAGUUGAAACUCUUCACAAUUUUCAAAAUGAAAGCUUUGAUGAUUUUUUUAAGUGCUUUGGUCCUAACUUCUAUAUACUGCCAGAAAAACAGGUUCUACACCGUUUCUCUGUGUGAGCGUGGAGGUGCAACCGUAUACCAUAUACACUCACACAGAAGACAAAACUGAGCUACUGACUUACAGUGUGUAGUAACCAACCGUGCCUAUUGCUUUGAUUUAGGGAGGGCACUUACUGUUGCCACUGCAUUUUAGGAAUCAUGUCAGCUUCUGUAGGAAAGUUUUCAACAGUCUGGGAAAUACUUGUUGCUGUGUACUGUGAAUGAGUAGGCUGCAAAUUGGGGGUUGGGAGGGGAGGUGGGAAGGGAGGGGGAUGAGGGCUUAGCAUGUACACACUAAAAGUGAACUAGAAUGGACAGAAAGGUGACAAUUUUAGCCUUUAUUGUUGGGCUCUCGGGGAAAUAAAAAGCUAACAUGCAGUCCCUGAAAGGCCUGAUGGCUGAAGGGCUGAUCUUUACUUUAUAUUUUGCAACAUGCCUUUUUCCCAUCCCUCUGUAUUUUAAAACCCAGGCCUGUCAGAUUCUGGAAGUAGAUCAAAACACUGGUUUACACACUACUGUGUUACCAAGGCCAUGUCUCUACCAGGGAAGUUGCCCUAUGUUAAAAUACCAGUCUAGUUGAAAUCACUUUGUGGAUGCACAUAGUAUUUGUUUGCCUGGACUGUGUUUGCAUUGGCAUCCUAUGCAGUUAAGAUAAAGUGUAAGAAAUGGUUCAACCAAUUAAGAUACCUCGACCAAAAGGUUCUUGCACCAAUUUAAGUGUAUGGUUUUGAAAUCACUGCAUAUAAACUAUGACAGCUUUUCUCUUAGAAACAAGGCCUUAGUUUAGCGUGUCUGCUCAUCUGAUUGGAAAAAUAAUAAAGCAGGCUGAGAUUUAUUUUUUUUUUGUCUUGCUUUGCAAAACGUCCUGUUUUCUUUCUUAUCCUUUAAAACCUUUCUUGCUCUCUACUUCAUGUUAGAUUUUUGUUUGGGGGAUUUUUUUUAGCAACAACAACAACAAAAGGAUGAAUGCUCCCUAUUAAAAAAAAAAAAAAAAAAAAAACACAAAAAAAAACACACACACAAA